CUCAGUAGACCGCAUGCUGCUCUCUGUUGAUGUGCAUCUGUAGAUUUGUGGAAGACAGAUUCGAAUAAAGGUGGGUCAAACUAGGGGGUGUGAUAACAUUAUUCAUCAGUCAUGCAGCGACAGAACUUAGAAAAAGUGAGAUAUUUCGAUAGCUCACAGGAUUGGCCCCAACCUAACAGCUCAUAUAUUCCUCUCACGAAUAUAUUCAAUGCAACUGCACACCAGCCUUUUCUCCAAAAACCUGUAAACUUAUUGGCGAAAUGCAUCGACUCCAAUAAUUUAUCAGAUUAUUUGGAUUUCACAAAUUUAGACGAGUCAUCGGCAGCAUCAGACGACUGGCUUUACAACGACAUCGCCUUGGAAAAUUCUUCAGAGUCAUUUUUAGAAGACUGUUGCUCAAUCGACUUGCCCAUAUCCAUUACAGACGAACACAAAUUAAGAUUAGCUGAAAAUGAAAUAAAAAAUGAACACUGUAAUUCGAAAGGUUUCUGUUAUUUCUGUCCAGACUAUAUGGAAAAAUAUUCAAAUGAAAAGAGUGCUUCAUCAUCGUUAGCAAACAUUCAAACAGAAAAUAACUCAUGCAGUGUGGACCAAAAUAAAUUUGCAAAUGAGAGCAGUUUCAAAUCUUCUUUAUCAGGUCUUCUGCCUAGUAUCAAUCUAGGAUCAACACCAUUCUGGACUCAAAAAAACUUUGAAAAGCACUUUUCAUCCCAAGAUUGCUCGCCAAUUCUAGAAAACCAUAUAAAAUCGUUGUCGCAAACGCAGAGACCGAAAUCAUUCAGCAAAAUUUCACCAAAAAUUGUUCCUAAAAAUGGAGCCUAUUCAGAUCAUGAAGUACAGCAGCGUAUAAGUGAUACCAGCAUUUGUGCUCAAGAUGGUUGCCAUAACUCUGAUUAUGCAGAUAUUUUAAUGAAUACACAUUGUUCAGAAAGUAUGAAUUCUGGGAUUCACAAUAUGCAUGAAGAUUUUGAUAUGACCUCGCAAUUUUUCGCUACUAGUGAAGAUACGAGUAACCUCCAUUCGGAACAUCAGCUUCUUCAAGACAUUGAAGGCGAUGAAGAAUUAUGCAAACCUCGAAAGGAGCGAACUGCAUUUAGCAAGCAUCAAGUGCAAGAACUGGAAGAAGAAUUCGCCCAACACAAUUACCUCACAAGAUUGAGGAGAUACGAGAUUGCCGUUGCUUUGGAUUUGACGGAGCGACAGGUUAAGGUAUGGUUUCAAAACAGAAGAAUGAAAUGGAAGCGAACAAAAGGUACUCACAUGAAGUCAAAAGAGAAGCUCUUGAAAGGUAUGAAUGAAAUACCGACGUCUCUGUAAAACUGAACCAAGUUCAUAUUUUCCUAUAGUACAAA